AUGGAUCCUGAGAAAAAAGGAUACGAAGGAUUAAAGUGUUUGCUGUGCUGGUACUGGUUCAGCAAAAUGUACUUGUUCAAACAACAUAGCCGAAAAUACCAUAGCGCCCUGGGAGAAUUCAUCGACAUACCAGCAAUACCCACCCAAGUGCAGAAAUACUACAAUAUACAAGAUGAAGUAUUGUUUGCCUUGCUGCAUUGCUGCAACGACGUUUAUAUUCUGAUGCGCAUUUACGAAACCGAGAGUCAUGCCACAAUGCGCAUUGCAAAUAAGGAUGAUAUAGCAGAAGCCAACAAAAAACAAAAAAGAGGUACCAAAGAUGAAUUGCCUAUCAAAAUUGUUUACGACGUUUACCCUAAACCGAAUGAAGCAGGAUCUCUGAGCUUUAACGUACUCAGCAGAAUAAAGAGAGACAAUAACUGGAAUGUUUCAGCAAAUACUACAGAAGCUGAUCAUUCGAAACAAGCGGUAGUGCCCAAGCCAUACUAUCAGUCCUUCAAAUUUUCCAACCAUCCCGGGCCACAACGGAAACGAGAACACGUCGAAAACAACCUUGACUUUACAUCUAACCCUUUCGUGAACUUGCUGGAAUACGUAGUAGAUAACCUGUGA